AUCCACUGUGGGUGCUCAGGUGUCAGUCAAGCUAGCAGUUUCCACUGGCCCGGUCCAGGAGGGCCCCUGGUUGGAUAUGUGAAGCUGGUGCUUUACACUCUGGUUUCUGCUUUAGUUUAGAGCUCCUAGUCAUCUGCUUUAGUUUAGAGCUCCUAGUUAUCUGCUUUAGUUUAGAGCUCCUAGUCAUCUGCUUUAGUUUAGAGCUCCUAGUUAUCUGCUUUAGUUUAGAGCUCCUAGUAAUCUGCUUUAGUUUAGAGCUCCUUGUAAUCUGCUUUAGUUUAGAGCUCCUAGUCAUCUGCUUUAGUUUAGAGCUCCUAGUAAUCUGCUUUAGUUUAGAGCUCCUUGUAAUCUGCUUUAGUUUAGAGCUCCUAGUCAUCUGCUUUAGUUUAGAGCUCCUAGUAAUCUGCUUUAGUUUAGAGCUCCUAGUAAUCUGCUUUAGUUUAGAGCUCCUAGUAAUCUGCUUUAGUUUAGAGCUCCUAGUAAUCUGCUUUAGUUUAGAGCUCCUAGUAAUCUGCUUUAGAACCCUUGUGGUUAUUUCAGAUUGGUAACAAAUAUUCAAAAUGCAACAGGAAAAAAAUACCUUGUAAAAUCUACAGAGUUAUGAUGUUUUUUUGUAAGCAGGGGCUAAAGGACACUUGGACAGUCCUUAAAAAAAAUGAUGGCUGUGAUUUGUUUCUCUGAAAUAUGAUACUAGAGAACUGGUCAACACUGCAAGUACAGAGUUGAGGAAACUUUAAGAAGUGUAAUAGGUGUUUACUAGUUGAGUUAGAUUUAACAACAUGUCACAGGGAGAGCAGUGAGUGAGCAGGGGACAGUGCAGCAAGUGUCAUCACGUCAGUCAACCUGGGGAGGGCAUCUGGUAGUUUAAAAUGGUGUGAAUAUGAUCAGCAUCAGUGUAGACAGCCAACGGUAGCAAGUAGACUGCCUGGAUUAGAUUUCAGUACCUUCUGCAACUAAAACAAGUGUAUGCAUUUAAAUGGAGGAAACCAUCAAGAAGCUAACUUUUCCUGGGCAGUAAAAAACUACCGAGAAAGUGAUAGUUGGGGCCGUGGAGGUGAGUGAAGCCCUUACCCUUGAGAGGGGUAAAAGAUGACUGUUGUGUCCUGUGAGAUCCAGGACGAGACUGUGGUAGUUUCUCCCCUCUACCAAGAUGAUUGCGACGUGGAGCGGGGCGAUCAGGAGUGCAGCGAGAGGGUCGUCAUCAACAUCUCGGGACUGCGCUUCGAAACUCAACUGAGGACCCUCUCGCGCUUUCCCACCACGCUCUUGGGAGACCCACGUAAAAGGAUGCGCUUUUUCGAUCCGUUGAGAAAUGAGUACUUUUUUGACAGGAAUAGACCCAGCUUUGAUGCCAUCCUCUAUUAUUACCAGUCUGGAGGAAAGCUUAGGAGACCUGUCAACGUUACCAUGGACAUUUUCAUGGAAGAAAUGACAUUUUAUGAAAUCGAAGAGGAAGCAAUUGAUAUGUUUAAAGAAGAUGAAGGUAUGAUCAUAGAGGUGGAACGUGCGAUGCCUGACAACGAGUUUCAGCGCCAGUUGUGGCUGUUGUUUGAGUACCCGGAGAGCUCAGGGCCUGCCCGGAUGAUCGCUGUCGUAUCAGUCAGUGUGAUUGUAAUAUCCAUUGUGAUCUUCUGUCUAGAGACUUUACCACAGUUCAGGGAAGAUACCAGCGCAAACCUACCAUUAAGUAAUCACCAUACCACGAAUGGGACUACUCUCCAUAAAAAACCCAAUCUAUUCACAGAUCCGUUUUUUAUGGUGGAGACACUUUGCAUCGUGUGGUUUUCCUUUGAGUUUCUCGUGAGGUUUUUAUCUUGCCCGAGCAAACCGGCUUUUUUCAAAAACGCAAUGAACUCCAUCGAUAUCUUAGCGAUAGCACCUUAUUUCAUCACCCUUGGUUUUGAACUAGCAGAGCAACAGGAAGCAGGAAGCGAGCAGGCCAUGUCGUUAGCCAUACUCAGAGUCAUCCGUUUGGUUCGAGUGUUCAGGAUCUUUAAACUUUCCAGGCACUCCAAGGGUCUCCAAAUCCUGGGUCAGACACUCCACGCCAGCAUCAGCGAACUCGCGCUUUUGAUAUUCUUUCUUCUCAUAGGGGUUAUUCUGUUCUCCAGCGCAGUUUACUUUGCAGAGGCAGACGACCCUGAAUCGGGAUUCUCAAGUAUCCCCGCCGCGUUCUGGUGGGCGGUGGUGUCCAUGACUACGGUUGGAUAUGGAGACAUGUGCCCGGUUACUAUUGGUGGCAAAAUAGUGGGAUCUAUGUGUGCCAUCGCAGGAGUGCUGACCAUAGCCCUGCCUGUCCCUGUUAUCGUGUCCAAUUUUAACUACUUUUAUCACAGAGAGCGUAAUGACGAGGAAACCUCUGUGUAUACCCACGUGACUUGUGGUCAACAGAACGCUUCAUUCGGAGAAUUCAAAUCGACCAGCGACAGCAGACAGUCCCUCACCAAAUCAGAGUACACGGAAGAGGAUUCUUGCGAGACUAUCAUAUUAACAAACUUCAACCCAUUUGAACAUUACACUGGCAAGCUGACAGAUGUAUGAAAAACAAGCAUCGGCCUAGUUGAGCAGGGAAUAAACAGUCUCGAGUACAAGAUCAAAGACCCUUGCCUUUCUGCUACACUUGAAAGAAAAUGCAAGCAAUUCCAUAUAUAUCUGUAACUGGAAAAGUCAAGAUAGUGAUCAAAUGUCACACACUUGUCCCAUGAACUACUGGCCAGUAAUGUGAGAUGACAGGUGCUGCUGCAGCAUCCAAUGGAGAGCCCCUUGAACAAACUACCAAUCUGAAUGUUCAAUGAACCUUUCAAUGUACUUUGCAAUGUAUUCAAUGAACUGAAAUGACUACUGUGUAGAUAUCCUGUAAUGUAUGGUUGUAAAUAUGCCCUUUUUUUAAUGCUAUCCUUAUGUUCUCAGCUCAGAAUCGAAAUGUAAACAUGCCUUGCUCUGUGUGCCUUUGUGGAAAGUUUUGAAGGAACUACUUGUGUCGUCCUUUAUUUUAUAUAACUAUUUAUUGUACACAAAUUCAAAUUUAGCUGUAAAUGGUCCUUGGGAAGGAAUCACUGGUGUUAAAACAACUUGCCCAUAGGAAUUUGAAUGAUGUCUGCAUGUAAAGAGAAAUCAAUAGUUCUCUAAAAUGUUAAUGAAAGGUCUAUUUCUAUUUUUCUAAGAUUGUAAAAUUGUAUGUGAACUUUUAAAACUAUAUUUUUUAAAUAAAUAAAU